AUGCUCUCAACCAAAGAUGCCGGUUCAAGCACUCAAGCAAGUGAAGUUACCGAGUUGCGAGAGUAUUAUACUCGGUCGUUUGCCAUUCUGCAUGAGGCUCUCACAAGUCCACCUUCUAAUUUUCCAUGGGUGGAAGUAUUAGAUACUAUAAAACCAGCAUUAAAAGAAGGAAUGAAAUGUUUUGAAAAUCGUGAGCCAAAAGAGGAUGUUAAACUCUAUGCCAAGCAAAAAGAUUUGGUGAAUGAAUUAUCAAAACGAACCAAUUUAAACCAAAAAAGCUGCUAUAGAAUCCUUGAAGAUUUUCUGUUGUGCGAAGCACAUGAUAAUCUGGUUCUGGAUGCUAGGGAUCCAUUUGUUGUUGACAAGAUCACCAAUUUCUAUUAUUCGGAAAGAUUACUUUUACUUGAAUGCAUCUCAACAAUAUUCCGUAUUGACUCGAACUAUGAUGAAGAAGAAGAUGCGGAUGAUAUUGGAAGAAAAGCAUGUCAUGACGUGGUUACUUGGUUGUUAAGCCAAGAUAUCGAAGGGGCUGCCCAAGAAUGGAUUAAGGACGCGUCAAAUAUCGAACAACAUUUAAAAAAUUUAAAAUUACAAUCACUAAGCGAAAUAGAGAUUACAAAAAGACGAAUAGAAUUGAUUGAACAAAAAUUGAAUGAACAGGCUGCUGCACUGAAUGUUUUAUUUAUGAUUUACUACGAGUACAGAUACAUGUGUGAUACAAAAAGAUUUCCUAAAUUUUUCAAUGAACAUUAUAUUGGCCGUGAUUUUGGUAAUAGUCACAGAAACUUGGAAAAUAUUUCUACAAAAGGUUUUCAAAUCAUUAGAAGAAUUGUUUGCCUUUCUUUUCUUGUUAUUGUGGAAAUUUUGGAUACAGGAAAUAUUGUGGAAUGCAUCAACAAACAAAAAUCGUAUCAAAAUAGACUUCCAGAGAAUAUUAUUUCAAAGCUUACAGACGAGAUACGACAAGAAAUAGGAAAUGAUCCUCAUUGUGCUGCUCUUCGUUUGUUAUGGGCUUCCUAUCUUCAACUCACAACCAACAACGUACCUUUGAAUCAUAUCUACAAUUUAAUCCAACAAGGUAUCAAAUUUGAAGGAUUGGAAUUCAUUAGACGAAUGUUUGACAAAGAUGAUUAUGCUUUCCAUGGUCAUGACGCAAAUUAUGAAGGGUACCGAAGUGUCAUCAAAACUGGUAUCGAAAGCGUCUAUUUCUUAUUCCAAUUUCACAAGGUACCUUUUUCACUGAUCGAACAAAUCUUCUCGGUAACAGAGGCAGCCAUUCAAACAAAAUCUGGCAUGUUACGAGAAAAUCCGUUGGCACAAGAUUUAUCUGAUUAUGGCAUUGAACAGCAGCCAUACAAAGACCUGUUAAAUUACUUCAAGUUGGUCUUUCCUGCAAAGAAGGAAAUUCUUCGACUUUUCACUCUCAUAUGCAAUGACCAUUCAUCUACUUUAAAAGUGUUGAACAUUAUGGAAUCACAGGAAACAUAUUGUGUUGAGCUUACUCAUUCCGAGCUUAAAACGCUUUGUGGCAUUGACCCAUUAAACCCCAAUGAUUGGGAUGCAAAAGAAACACCCCUACAAACGAUUAUGACCUAUAAGGACGAAACUACCAAUGUCAUCAUUCCUUCAGGAAUUCCUUGUCUAGUGGUAAACCAAACAGCAGAAAAGUGCUUGGUAACGUUUCAGUUCUCGAGCUAUAUUUGGAAAGUAUUGCUUUGCCAAAUAAUUGAAGUCCUUCAAAACUCAAUUUCUAUUCAAACUAAAGAUGUAAGAAGCAUGAUUCAUCAUUUCCUGAAUCUACUCCACAAAUUGAUAUACUAUAGAGGAGUUAGCGUGGAGAAGCUGGAUAAGUACAUUAUUGAAUUAUUGAUAUCAAAGCAAAUGUACUCCCACAGAUCUGAGAAAAAAGGAAUAAUUCAAUUAUUAUCACGAAUCAUCAAGUACUUUUCGAACUUUCCUAUCGGUAGCAUUCCUAUGGAGAUAUUGAUUUCAUGUUGUAAUUGCUUAAACGCAAUAGCCACCGUUGCUCCUGUUGAAACAGCCUCACAAGUUUGCUAUUUAAUCCAAAAGUAUCACUUCUCCAAUAUACUGAGAGAAGAAUGUAUGAAUGGAAGAUAUGGUGCCACUCUUAGCCUUCUCGACACUAUUUUAGAACUAGCUAAAAAUCACCCAGGACCAAUGACUACUGUAAUGGAUAUACUUCCAUUUAUUUGCUCAAGUAUAUUUUCUCUUCAUGACUCAUGGCGAUACCAAAAGCUUGAGGAAAGAUGGCUCAUUGCUUUGAAAUGUAUUCAGAUAUUUAAUCAAGUUGCCACAGAUUCGAUAUGGAUCGAACACAAAACAGAAGAUUCAAAAGUCAGCACAGGUGGGCGACAACUGUUAACCGCAUUCUUGCGUGAUAGCAGUCUUUAUCAAGUUUUAUUUUUGUUGGUUGGUUUGGGCGGAGCGUUCUUAGAAACAGUUACGCGACAUGAAAAAACAGAAGAGGCUGUCACUGUGCAAUCUCUCAUCAAAGAGUCAUUAACAUUGCUGGAUUCACUUCUAAGGUUUAGACAAAUCACUAAAACAAGCAAUUCCAUUAGCGGCUUUGAAGAUGUGCUCUUCUCUAAGCUGUUAGGAAAACAGCAAAUACCACUCAUUACUUCUAUUUUUGAAUUCACAGACCCCCGCCAUUAUACCUCAGAGGUUAGAGUUCUGGCUUGUAAGGUGAUCACUCUGAUUGCACAACUGACCGAAGAUUACAAUUCAAGACCUCCGUCAUUGGUUGGAUAUUUAGGAAGUCACUCUACAUCUCUUGUUGGACGAUGUCUUGAUACUUUGCAAAGUAGAAGCGAACCAGACGAAUUGAAAAUUGCAAUAUUUGAUCUAAUUUCUGUCACUGUAGAAAUUCAAAGAGGACUUGGAGAGCUUUUUGUGAAUAGUUCUCCGCCUCACAUCAAGAAAAAAGUGGAAGAGGAUGAUGAAUUGACCUUGCCUCCAGGAGGCUGUAUCGAAACCAUAAUGAAUAUUGUUAGGGACAUUGAGCUGAAAAAGAGUAAGCCAGCCGUUGUGAGAAGCGCCAUUGGAGUCAUACAAUCCAUAUUCCAAAGCGGGGAAAGUAGAUCCAGAAUUACCAAAAUUUUACGAAAUCAAGUCAAUUUCUGGAAAGACAUGGUUAAAGUGCUGUCCUACUUUACAAGCGCAACUUCAUUACUGGACAUUGAUGUUGUGCGUUCAGUAACGUCAGUUUUGUCAAUAUUUGCUGUGGACAUGUACAACAUGAUGAUUCUCAAGAACGACGAAGAUGUUGCUUUCAAUCAAGUACAAUCUCCACUUUUCGAAAAGGACUCUAAGAUACAACAAAUACUAAAGAAGAGUAUUGAACGUGUCAUUGAAUUUACUAAUCAGAAUAGACGACUCAUACUCAAUAUUGACGAAAUGUUAAAGAACGAAUCUAAGAAGCUAGGUCGACAAAUUCAUUUAUCGGAUUACAUUCAAGAAAGAAACACUAAAAUUGAUGUGCUUUACGAUACUGAUAGACUUAAAAGAUGGGAACAUGACAUUAGCAACGAAUUAUUAAUUUCACUCGCGACUUUGAAUGCCAGUAUUGCACAAGAGGAAGCGUACAUUUCACUUUUAAGAUCUAUGAAUGCCCUCUUUUCUGUUAGGUUUGAAUCUCCACUUCUUGCCAAGGACCAACCUAACGAAGACUAUUUUCAAUCGAACAUACGGCUGUUGCUUGAUGGCCUUAAAGUGAAAGAAAAAACCAAUCCGUAUGAAGUUAGUACCAGCGCCAUUCACAUGACUUCUGAAAUUCAUUUACCUCUACCAAUCAUAUUGGACAAACUUGUUACCACGUUCCACACAGAAGUUGCUUCCAUGCUAGAGACGUUCAUUCACAAGUACAUUGUUCUCUUUCCUCCUUCAUACAGCAUUGAAGUUAAAGAUAACCACAGUGAUGACUCUAUUAAGAAAUUAACAGAUUUACUUAUUGUUCAGGUGCAAAGAAAUAAGUUGACAGUAUCAAAGGAGAUUUUAGGAUGUUUAUUGAUGUAUUAUGUUGAUUUAGGUUCCAAUGUUGGUAUUAGAAACUUCACAUCCAUCAUGCCAACGCUAUUUUACAUUGUUAAAACAUUCGACAAGUAUGACGAUUGCACGAAUCUUGCCCUCUCUAUUUUAUCCAUUUGUGUGGAGAAUAUAUUUGAUUCUGAGCAAGGAAAUUAUAUUUGCAGAGAACUUGCAGAUUGUCUUUCCAAUUUUGAUGGUGUCGACGAGCAUCACUCAAAAUAUACUCUCAAUAUCUUGAAUUUAUUACUAUCCCUCUCGUCCACUCAAGCAGGAAGUACCUUAAUGGUAGCCAAUAAUGUUAUUCCUCGACUCACCAAUUGUUCUAUUCUAAGUACAGGCUCAGGAAAAUAUGCAGGACAAUCUUAUUACGAAGGAGAACGCACAUGGUGGCACACUGCUUGGAAAUAUAGUUUGAAAAUUGUGACUUCUUUAUUGAAUAGCUUUGACUUUGCAAAUCAUCCACAAAGAUAUGUGUCCGGGUCUGCAUUGAUGUUCGACGAAAGCUCUGGACAAGCUCAAUACUUUUUCUAUCAAGUAUUUGAUUUCUGUAAUGCUCAUAGAAAUCGGCUCAUUCUUGGAUUGAACGAAUUGUGGGAUAAGAGACCACUCACUUUUGCAAUCAUUGAGGAGGUUGAACUCAUCAGUAUGCUUGUGAACGCUUUGGCCCGAUUGAAGUUACUGCCACAAUUAGUGUAUUUGAUUGAUGCUUCAUUGGUGGCUAUGUUAAAAUGUAUUGAUGCUGUGAAACAUUUUCACUCUGUCCUUGGAAAGGUGACUCCUAUCACUGCACAUGAAAGAAAACUCCACGAAGCUGACAAACAUUACCGAGAAGAAUAUUUACAGGGUCACCAUUCAACACUCAAAACACGAAAUUUACUUCGAGAUUUACACAAGAGUUACGAAAAUACAUACAUGCCAAAUCCAGAAGAAUCUCCUUUCAUUAGCUCUUCGGUGGAAGCUAUCAAAAAUCUGUAUCAAGGAAGAGAAACGUUGAACUGGAACACACAAAUUGAUUUGAUUGUGUAUGGAACUUUACAAAGUAUAUUGGCUUCAAUUCGUUGCCUCACAGUGCUUCCAAAGGAUGAUGGAAUUGAAAUGCCUGUGGAUCCUGUCUAUGUCCUUUCCAUGCAAUCUCAUAGCCCUAAUAUUCGUGAUAUUUUCAAAUGCAUUGAAAGUUGUGUCGAUGCUCUGGAAUACAUACCGUCUCGAAAAUACACAGACGAAGCAAAAGUAACUGCUUUAGAGUCUGGUGCAAUUACGCCAACGACGCUUUCUCCAUCGUACAGUUGCACAGCCACUGAACGCGUAGGUAGGGAACAAGAAACCAUGUUGAAGAGUAGAAUUUUGGUGUCUCGAGUGGUCAUUGGAACUAUGUACGAAGCAUUGCAUGUGGCCAUCACACACCUUUUAAUUUACGAAUUUCUGAGCGAAGGAGAUCCUCAAAAACAGUCACAAGUUAAAGAAUUGAAAGAAGAGCUCAACAAGCUAUUCGGUCUUUACAAAAAACUUGAAAAGCCUUUGAAGAGCUGGUUCUUCCUCAAGUAUGGAGAUCAGCUGAAGGAACUCAUCAAAUUUUUGAAAGAAUUACAAGUUUAA